AAAAAUGAUAAUAUUACAAAUGGUAAUAUACAAACAGUUAGUUAUUGGCAAAGUAUAGUUUUAAGAUGGAUAAAUGUGUUAGAAAAUGAUUUAGAUUUAGAAGAAUCAGAAGAUGCUAGUAUUUAUUAUGAAAAUGAUGAGGAUGAUAUUUCUUUAUCAAAUAUUUUUAAUUUACCUCAUCCUGUAAUAGAUAAAAAUGCUAAAUGGAAACUUCAAGAUAUUUUUAUUGAAGAUUUGGAACCAACUAACUAUUUAGAAAUUUUUAUUAAUAAUAAUUAG